AUGUCGACUUCAAGUGUAAAUGCGAAAGAGCAGGAGGUGAUUGAUAGGUCAGCCGAGCUGGCGAGUAAAGAACCGGAAAUGUUGGAGAAGAAUGAGGGGAGGGAGGAAGCAUUGAAAGAUAUUAAAAGGGAAGAGGAGAAAGUAGAGAAGAAGGAAGAGAAGAAGGAAGAGAAGAAGGAAGAAGCUCUGCCUAAAUUGAGCACCGCGGAUUUCAAAGUAUAUAAUACUAUGGCCGAACAUAUGAACUACUUCCACAACCAUUUCCGCCAAACCUGGACGCUCCUCCACACCGCCGUCACCAGCAACCAACGGCCGCGCAACCUCUCUCUCCGGCAAUUUCUCCAAACGGGUCUUUCCUUCAUCUCGCAACUCGAAAUGCACCACGGCAUCGAAGAAGCGCACAUAUUCCCCGUUCUCGCGCGCAAAAUGCCCGAAUUCAAAGCCGGGAAGAACGCGGCGGAAUUACUGCGACAACACAAGGAAAUCCACAAGGGCAUGGAUAUCCUGCAGGAAUAUCUGGAGAAAUGUCGGGAUGGGGAGACGGAAUUGAGCUUGAGGGUGCUGGGGGAGAAGAUGGAUAGCUGGGGCGAGGUGCUGUGGACGCAUUUGGAUCAGGAGGUGGAGACGCUGGGGGCCGAGAAUAUGAGGAGGUAUUGGAGUAAAGAGGAGAUGGUGAGGAUGCCUAUGUGA